UAAUUUACUUAUUUUCUCGCCUGUGUCGUAUUCCCCUAACAAAGUAGUGAUUGGUGUAGAAAUUAUUGUUCAAGUUUGCAUAUUCCUAUCGACUCCUAUCGGUGGGACAAGCUUUAAUUUGUUCCCUAUAAAACUAGCUUGGACUAGGUUUUGUGUUUUCGCACCUUCUGUCGCUUAAUUGCACCCAAUAUCACUAGUUCUAUUUAACCCACCCACAAAACCCUAGCACAAUGUCCAUAACAGGAAAUAAUAUCGAUUACCAGCAGAACGCUGACUUUGACCAGAACAUGGCAUCGCCCUCGCAGGCUAGUCCGUUGGCCGGAGCCGGAGUGGGAACCAUGUCUGGAGCUGCGGGGGCCCCGAACAGUGCUGGGAACCAGAAAUCAUCGGCAGCUGCUUCAAGUUCCGGCAGUGCUGGUGGACCGCCGGACACCGCUACCCAGAUUCUCACAAAACCUCGCCUCCAGGAGCUGGUACGGGAGAUUGAUCCCACGGAACAACUAGACGAGGAAGUUGAAGAAUUGCUGCUGCAGAUUGCAGACGAUUUUGUCGAGAAUACGGUAAAUGCAGCGUGCCUACUGGCCAAGCAUCGAAAAGUUCCCAAGGUCGAAGUUCGCGAUGUUCAACUACAUUUAGAACGCAAUUGGAACAUGUGGAUACCUGGAUUCGGAACGGAUGAGCUACGACCUUACAAGCGCGCUACCGUGACUGAAGCUCACAAACAGCGCCUGGCGCUGAUAAGGAAGGCAAUUAAAAAGUAUUAGAAAUAGAGCGCUCUGAGUCCCUUUAAAUAUAACUCUCAUUAUCAUUCGUAAUAAAACAGGAAAUUGAUCCAACCAUCCA